AUGUGGAGAACAGCAUUUGAUCUGGAAUACAUUCAUAUAGCCUGCUUCAAGCCAACAUCGAGUCUUCUUGGCUCGUUUCAGCGGGGCCGAAGGGGACUUUCUCGUGGAUAUUGUUGGCAUGACCUUGGCAGAAAUGCCAGGCAACAGAUCGUAGGAAUCCACCAUCAUUCAUUGGAGAUUCAUUUUGAAACCAGCAACUUUUCGUUGAGUCUUCUUCGAACCUGCAAGAAUUUCGGUGAGAAUCAGCAGCAUCUGUCGACUAUUGGGUCUACCAUACAGCUGGAGACCAUUGCCUUCAGUGCGAAUUUAUUGUUGUCUGUCCAGCGCCUCAUCCAAAACGGCCAUGAAAUGCAAUACUUUCCCUCUAAUAAUCAGGGCGAGCUUUGAGACCUGGCGCGUGAUUCGAUCGAUCUGAAGUGUUUGAAAUCCACAACAGGUGAAUUGGCAAAGAUAUGGCGCUUAUUCGGUGAUGUUAACUCUUCAAAACGGGCACUUUCUGGCCCAGGCGAAGGGUGUUUAACUGAACGAUCGAUAGGCAAACGUGAUAGAGGAAAUCGGAUGGCCAAUGCCUGCAGCAUGAACUACGGUCUAUAG